GAUCCAUGCACAUGCGCUCAAGAACCACCCAUGCACUAACAAUUUAAUGCACUAUUAUUAAGAAUAGUACCUUUUCUACGGAGUACGAUAUGAGGAGAUCUUUUCCAUCCAAACAAUACGGAUCCACUUCAACAACUCAAUCAGUUUACACCCAAUCAGCGUAAUCCCUCGGCAAUCCUUGUUUCUCAUGACAUGCUCCAUACAUCAAUAUUGCACUGGAAGAGGUAUGUACUAUAUACAUUUGGAGAGAGAACUGAUUUAUUAUCGCACAAUUCCAGGCACCUAUUUUAUGCCAUUCCUGCUUAUACUCUUCUACCAUCCCUGUAGAGUUAAGUUCCAAAUGUUUCCUCUUGUUCUUGCUAACCUCCGGGCCCCGACUCUUUAACGGUAAAUAGCAGAGAGGCCUUCGUCGAGGGACCCAACUCGGCCAAAAACGUCAAUGAAAGCUAGUCUAGUAGCACCAGACACUAGAUUAUGCGAGUUGUCACUAAAAUCCCCACCUUCGAAACCCUCCAAAAUGAGAAACUGGUCUUCCGUAGCAUUCAACUUGCAUUAGCGAGCUCACCGCCGAUCAACGACUACUCGGUAUAUUAAGGAUCACUUCGAGCUCCCACAUUCUGGGAAACAAGGGUUUCACUUCUCACUGCGCCUCGCUGCCCUAGUGGAUCCUUCACAGGGUCCCUCAUGGUGCUACUAAUGACUAGUCUCAUCCCCGGAUUGCUUCGCCACUUCGUCUUCCUGGCUUAUCGUAUAGACCCCGCUUUAUAAUUCCGAACCCCGCUAGGUAUAAGCCAACCUACCUGAAUAAUGCGUAGGAUAACGUGGGGUCCGUAAGUUGCGGCCUUAAUAGAGAGAUUAAACUCGCAAUUCUGGUUGUCCAACGAGGGGUAGAUUAGGGCAAGUUCCUCGAGACCAUGUGCGUAAGCGAGAUCUGAAAUAGUCAGUGGACUAGUGCUUAUGGCACGGGUUUAUUUUGUUAGGCAAGUGGGCUUGACUACAAGUUGGGUCUUUUACAUCAUGCAGUUGC